AUGGAAGAAUACUGUGUUGAACAAGAUCGUAACCUUAACUCUGAGUACAAUGAAAAAAAAACAGAAGAUGAAAUAGGUUUAUUUCACCACAUUCAACAGAUCACUCUUUGUUUAGGCAUGGACAAGCAUGUCUGUAUGACCUGUCUCGCUGAUCUAGUGUGGUUGGAGUUCUUGUUCGGUCAAGUUUCGUCAAAGAGUCUUUCUGGUAAGAAAUAUUUCCUGCGCAGUUGGCUAGUCUCAGUGAGAUUAGCCGCCGUGGGCCAAAUGGGUCAGGAAGAAACUUUGUUCACCCAUAUGGAAAAAAACAGAAACUAUUUCAUUAAACUUUUUAGUGGGCAGAGAAGCGUCUACGCUAAUUUCAUU